AUGAUACCUUGGCUCGAACAACCCCAUCCUGUCUCUGAAGAUGUCUCAGACUCCAUCGACUGGGACUCUCUUUCUCAAGAACUCCCCAACUUGACCAACCUUCUAUACUGGCCUCCAACUGGUGGAGACAGGGAUGACUUUCUGGCCUCUACCAGCCCCAGAACCUCUACCUACCACUUGAAAGGACCUGCCCAGGCCAACUAUACUCUGGGAAGUAACCUAGAGGCCAUCCUUGUGGCUCGGGAUCACUGGGGUAGGCCCAAAGCUCAUGGUGGAGAUCUGUUUCGGGCACAGCUGCUGGGUCCAGAAUUGAGAGCAGGAGUCCCAGGGGAGGUGAAGGAUCUGGAGAAUGGCACUUACCUCUUGUCCUUCCCCCUGCUCUGGGCUGGAUGGGCCCAGGUGCAAGUGCGGCUGAUCCACUCCAGUGAGGCAGUUGGGGUCCUGCAAAGAGUCUGGAGAGGAAAACGAGCCACUGUUGAUUUUAGAGGGUAUUUCCGAGGAACAGAUGGCACUCAAGAGACUGUCAUCUGUAACGUGGACCCCCAGUCAACUGGAGCCAAAGGGUCUACCUGCCAAUACAAGGAUGUGGUUUCUGGGGAGAUCUGGUUCUGUGCUCAACCCCAUACUUUGCCUUGCAAUGCUUUAGUGGGUCACUCGAGUGGAAGUUAUCUGAAGGUGACCACGCCACAUGAUGAAGACCUGCUGGCUGGGAAUGUGACUGACCAGAAACUCCCUUCAGGCGUACCUCCAAUCCUUGUCCUACCAGCAGCCUGGGGAAACAUGAGUAACAUGGCCCUGCCCUCAAGGCCCCCAUGUCACCCUGCCCACCUAUCUCCAAAACCCUCUGGCUUCUACCACCAAGACAGAUGGCAUUCCACAUUCUGUUCUAGCCGCACUUUCCCCACUGUGGACAGCAUCCUGAACUGCCUGGCUGGACACAUUGUCUACAUGAUGGGGGAUUCCACACUCCGGCAGUGGUGGGAGUAUCUGCGAGACACAGUGCCCUGUGAGUGACCUUGAGGGGAGAGGAGGGUCUGUGAGGACUCAUGAUGGAGAAGCCUGACAGCGAAUUCAUUGAAGGAGAGACUCCCUCACUUAGUAGAAAGGUGGUGCAGGCUGCUGGGUCUACCUGAAGGGCAACGAGUGAAUGAGUGGGGUGUUUGCU